AUGGCGGACGUGGGAUCUGUGAAAACACUACACAACUUUGGUCCUUUAAAACCAUUUACAGCUUCUACAAUACAGGCAGUAACCCUAGCUAAGCGCAGAAAGAUAUUACUACUAUCUAAUGGCAGCCAGUUUCUUCAUUUGGUAGAGGAUGAUACGCUAAUCGUAAGUAAUUAAGAGAUUCUCGAUUUUACUCAGUGUACCACAUACAAGAGAUCAUUUACACUGCAAAGGGAAGCAAAGACGACUUAUUAGUCUCCACGCAAGCUGCAUCAUAUCAGUGCAAUAUUCACGAAACCAAAUGAGUUACUUUGUCUUUCUGAAUUAUUUUUGACAACUUACAUACUCGUUGAAACUUGUUGUUCAUUUGCUUCAUCUGCAGCACACUUUUCGUUUUCCCGCGUCAGUUGUCAAUUUUAGCGUUCAUGAUUUUGAUGGAAAGAGACGUUUGUUCACAGCAACAAGGGAUGGUAAUGUUUUUGCAGUUGGAUUACCAGAGAACCUGACUAAAAGCAAGAGGUAAGGACAACAGUCUGCAAACAGAUAUAGUCUCCCUCAGUAGAUUAUAUUAUAAGGGGCUGUCAACAUAUUCACUUGUCCCCCGCUUAACGUCAAAUGGUCUUCUAGGGGGUAAGGGAUAAUGCAUUGGACAUUGGUUUUUGGACAAAAGCAAACUGAUGCAUUUUCAUAAAUUUUAUGUCAUGUGUGGAACAGUGCUCAUGACAAUAUUUAAGAGAAAGCAGGACCAAUUAAAGAAUAGCCUGCAAAGCAGGCAUAUUUUGCUGUGGGAUUGAUUUGGACGUUCAAAAUGACUGAUGGUUGGGGCGAGUCGACAGAAAAUUCCUAGGGGGAGGUUGACGUGUCAAUAUAGGGAGGGGGAGGGGACAAAAUAAACCUGCAUGCAGCCAUUGUUUGUUUGGCAAACACUGUACAUUUGAUAGACAGGAGCUCUGAUUGGUAUGGUUUCGGAUGUUUGAUUGCUAGUAGCCAGUCAAAGUCACAUAGGAACGUACACUUUCUGGGCCUUCCGUGUGGUUAUUAAUUUUUAAUACCCUGAUUCAUCCGAAUUUUGAAAAUUUUGAUUUUGCCCUGGAGGAAGCUCUUUCGGUUGUUAGGGUUAUGCAUAUCGCUUAUCGAUUGGAACAAAAGCAAGCGGUUAUUACUCCAUUGUCGAGGUGAGAUGUAUAAUUUGGCCUCAUCUUUCAGUUUUUGGUUGCAGUGAAGGAAAUCUUGAAGAGUAAACUUGCAUGUGGGAUCUUUGUUUGACCUCUGAAAAGUUAUGUGCACAAUCAGUUGUCCGAAGCCUUUCUGACGUGACCAUCACCCCUAUGAUAGCAACUGACGAGGAACACUUUAGUUCCAAAAGUGCAGUGUUACUUAGUGUUACUGCUCCAAUCCAAAGGUUCACUCAUCUCAAGAAAAACAAUCAGUUGUAUCAGUGCCUAAAGAAUGAUAUUGACUGCUGACUUACAGCACAAUUGUCCAAAGUUAAUUUGCUUUAGCUUCAGUUUAAGCUCCAGUUUGGAUCUGUAGAUCAUUAUCUGUGAGAAUUCAAGAUCCUGCAAAUGAUGCUAAAGAGCUUGGCCUAGGGCAAAACAAAGAAGAGAAGAGAAUCAACACGUUCCCUGACCAUAAAGCUACACUACACGCCUAUAGUCAUUCAAGUCCAGGCAUUACGGAAAAAACUAAAGAAACUAAAACCUUUAUUUAAAGGUUACGUGUAUUUAGUCGCAACAAAAAGGCUUUAAGAGGGGUCAAAGAAAAUAGUUACUAAGCUGCAUAAAGAUAAAAUCCUGUCAAAAAGUAAAAAUACCUACAUGAAACACGAAACAUCAAUUACAGGAAAAAAAUUUAAUCAAUAUGCGCAGAUCAGACCAGUUUCAGAUCCUCUUAAUGUGAGACUAGUGGCAAACAUAAGAUUUUCACGCUCAAAAUUUACACACUCUAUUCAUUAUACAAUUUGCCUGCUAAAAAGAAGGAAAACCUGUAAUUCAAUUUAGCAAACUCUUUGGUCACGUUUCACACUAUCACUAGCUUAUGGGUCAUUUCCAUUAUUGUUGAACUAAAUUUGUGGCUGAACAAUACAUGAACUAGAUUUUCAUUGGCUACAAAUGCAUUUCUGGAAAAGCAGUCAGUCGCAACUAAUCAGGGGGCAUUCGGCAGAUUCAUAGGCUCUGCAGGCAGGUGUUUUUUCCUUUUUCUCCCCUCCCCUCCCCUGGCCUGCCCUCCUCCAUGUACCUCUGGGGUGCACUACUCUGCGGGCUAAUUAAAGAAAAGAGACUCUGCUCUUAAUUACUAGCAAAUUGUUCAGUAAAUUUUGUUGAUACUGUUUACAUCUUCAUGUAAGUGCAUUUCAGUAUUCUUUCUGAAAUGCAGUGACUUUUGGGGCAGGAAAAUUUCAAGUAGACAUUAAGGAGGGAGGAGGGUAAGGGAGUCUGACCGAAACAUCCAGUUGACAUUAAGCGGGAAAAAGUGAAUAUGUCGAUGGCUCCUAAUAUAAUUCAUUAGCUUUACCCUUAAUAUAAUUUAUUAGCUUUAUCCAUUUAUGAGCUCACUGUAACCAACCCAUCCCUUGAUAGGAGUGAUGCUUGGGAUGAGUCACUGCUCCAACUUAAUCCUUAGCUUUCACUGAUCUGUUUUGUAUUAAUUGGUAUUCCAUUGCUUUUUACUUAAUAGAUCAAUGAAGAAAACUGCUAAUAUAAAUCUGGAUGUCAGUGAUGACAGUUCAAAACAGAGACAUAAUGUUGGUGAUGAUGAUAUAUUCACAGAACUUCUUGCUGGUGCAAAGAGGUCAGAUGCAGCACCCAAUCAGAAGCCUAAACAAGCAUGCCAUGCUUCAAACUGUGUGACAGUGAUUGACAGAGGAAAUGCAGUUUUGUAUCAACCAGGGUUAAAAACAUUUUCACCCAUUGGAAACAAGAUUCUGUGUUGCAGAACUUCAGAUCAAGGCUAUGUCUUGUCUAUGUUUCAUCAAACUGCACUAAAAAGUGAUCUUGAUACUUUGACAUAUGAAGCACUUCCAAGAUUUACUAUCGCUGUUGAAGUGACAACACCAGCUGUGUCUUUAAACAGUGCGAUACAAAGUUGUAACUGGAGUUAUAUCCCUCAGUUAUUGUUUGUACAGCCUGGCAGUAGUACAUCACAUCUAGUGCCUUGUGCAACUGUUAAAAGAAGGUUAUUCAACAUACUCUUCAAUGGUGAUGCCUCCUUAGUAGACUCACCUGUUGUGAUUUUUGGAGCCCAAGAUGGUCAAAUGCUCUUUUGGCCUCUCAACAGCUUCGCCCUGACAAGCAAAAGCACUGAAGUAGUAGAAACCAGUCAGAGCUUUACACCGCAGUUGCUGUAUCAUCUUGAGCAAGGCGUUUCUGCGAUUUAUUCCACAAAUCUUGUCUUUCAAGGUGAUUUGAAUGAUCAGGGGGAUUCCUUAAAAACUAGUGAGAGAGCAGGUAGUGACAAGCUACAGAGAGAAGAGGGCAGCAGUGACUCAAAUGCCAUAAUCUUUGUUGGAAAACGUGACAAAAUUGUGAUAGUCUGUGAAGAAAAGUCUAUUUCAGGCAAAGGAAGAAUUAGUCCCGUCAAGUUCAGUGAACAUACAAUAAUUGGUCCAGUUAUUUGUUCAUGUUUGAACAAUAUUGGUGAUACUUUGAUACAUUCCACAGGGAAAGAGAUCUUUAUCACCAAGUUUUGUAUUUCUAGUGACAAUGCUGCUAAGGCUACUGCAGUGUUGUCCUCGUUUACACCAUCCAUAUUGACAACAUCUAGCAUACAGAUACCAAAUGUGAGAGCAGUUUGUUGUAUUUUCAAAAAGAGUAAGGCAGACGGUGGAAAGAGGCUUGAAAAGGUUUAUUCUCUUACGCUGAAUGGAAAACUGCUGAUGUUUCUUUUGCCUGAAUCUCAAGAUGGAUGUUCACUCACCAACAUCUCACCGCAAGCAGCUGGCGAGAAAGUAAAGGCCUACUUAAGCGAAAUUGAAGCUCAAUCUGCAGAGCUUGCAAGAGUGAACUCAACAAUAGAGUCAGAGGAUAAGAUUUUGAAAGAACUCAAUAACGCUAUCCACAUUGGCUGCCAACUGAGCCAAGUUACACAAGUUUGUAACCCUAGAAGGACAGAUUUCGGUAACGUUUCUGUCCCAAUAGCCUGCACAUUUACGCCUUCAUUUUCAAGCCACGACAGCAAUGGAAUUAGCUCUGUGUCUGUGCAUUGUAAAAUUGUAAACCAAGGUAAUUUGCCUGUACCAUCUUGUUGGUCCUUGAUGGUUCAAAUACAGGGCAAAGACCCUUGGCUUCACCACACCACACAUGAAUCUUGUAUUCUAGGACAAUCUGUGCCUUUGAAGUCUUUAAAUCCAGGAUCCUUUCUCGAGUUAGACAUUCCCCUUAGCAAGAGUUUGUGCUCUUCUUUUCACAUUGUUGCAGAAGCACACUUGUUCUGUGACUUGAAACAAUUACUUGCUGAUCUAGGUGACGAUUCAGGGACUUUGAAUAGUGUUGAAGAUGUCGUUUUUCCAAUCAGAAGGCAAGUGAUGGAUGUCUUGCAUUUUGUGAGGCCAAAUCCAAUAGGUUCACGACUGUCUGUGCCAAAUGUUAUGCCAGAUUCCAAGGAAGAACUGAAACAAACUUUAGACAGGCUUAACCUAGAAAACCAGCGACACUGUAUCUAUGUGCACGAUUUGUCACGAGACGGCGAGAUCACAAGUACAGAGGAAAUCUCUCACGGAAGCUUUGUGUAUUCAGCAACUUUUCAAAUUUCCCAGGACGCUGUGGACUUCAUGAAGCGUACGAUUCAGAGCGAGGUUGUCCCGGAAUCAACUCAGAUAAUAACAAAUCAGACCACAGUUUUACGUUUUAUCUUCGAAGACUCAAGUAUCCUGGAACAACAGAUUAAUACUGGAUAUUCAUGUAUGGACGUGCUCUCUGUGAAUGGAAGCCGUGUAACUGUACAGGUAAAGCCUUUAUCUGGAGGUAUAUCUUCAGCCGAUAACCCUCCUCUGGAAUUGGCAAUCCACUGUUCGUCGGUUCAUCUCCUAUGCCGUAUGCAUGAAGCAGUUUUAACACGAUUAAAGGUAAGCUAGCUUUAGUUUUUGAGUCAGCUAUGUAGUGUGACUAUUGAUCAUGAUCCUUUUAGUCUUGAAUAUCAAAUCAUUUUGUGCUCGAACCAUCUUCAACCAAGUAACCGCCUUUUUUAGAAUUCAAGCAAAUGGCCGAAAACUGAACUGGCUUUUGUUGUUGAUGUUGUUGUUUUUUUGCUAUAUUAAGCGGAUCCUAGAAAGGGUGUCGUAAAUAGCUUACUGAAGUAGAAGUUCAUAAACAAUGGAUCAGUACUAUUUAACAAUUAUUCCUCGACCCUGAAUGGGCUCUGAGUUAAUAGCCCAUAAGGCCGAAGGCCGAAUGGGCUAUUAACUCAGAGGCCAUGAGGGCGAGCGGAAUAAUUGUUUUAGUAAAAUCCAACUAGUUGGUCAAAAAUAUCUAGAGUAAAAAAAUUUUAGCAAGUUAAAGCUAGACUUUAAUCCUUUUUUGCCGCCAAAAAGCCCGCGCUUUUCGCUACUAGAGGGCUAUAACAUAUAGCCUAGUAGUAGCUCAACCAAUCAGAACGCAGCAUUGAUAUUAGACCACUAGUUGGAUUUUACUAAAGUGUAUUAUCCUCCCGUUUCAGACGACCCUUUCUUAUAGCAGUAUCUACUGACCUACACUUUUCGACAGACUAGUCCUUGGUCUUUAAGGUUGUUUUCCAAGCAAUCUAGUUAUUGUCGGUGUUUGCUUUCAAAGUAGACCUGUCUGAUCUUUACUUAGCUCAUAGUUAAUUGAGUGGCAUGGUUAUGAAACCCGUCAGACUCCUUUGUUAUAUGUUUUUGUGGACCUGAAAGUGCACAACGUUCAAAAGAAUUCCUAUCAUUUUGAUUGUAUUGACCAAUAAAAACGUUGCAUUAAUUUAUUCCGUAACAAUUUGCCAACAGAAAACAAAGGAUUGUGCACUUUCACGGUGCUUUGAACAUAAACUGCAGCACUGUUGUUUUUAUCGUUGAUGUUUGCCGCUUUUCAUAACCAGUCUCCUCUAAUAACUAUGCUUAGCUUUAACAACCACACUGCUUUAUCCGUGCUAAAAUAAACCCUGAAAGGUUACAAAUCUCUUUUAAGAGGUUGCAGUUUAUUGUUUUGUUUUAGAAAUCGAAGCGUUUUUCGAGGUGUUGUUAAAUUUUGACGAAAUUUCUUAAUUUUAUUUUAGCCUGUGAUAACACGCGCGACAAGAACGACUCAACUGCGAGUAAAUGAUCUUCAGAAGGCACUGGAAAAAUUACAGGUACAGUUAUAACAGAAAACGAAUAAAUGGAUUUAGUGCAGUGUGAAAAAAAAACUUUCAUGUGCGAAGUGAUUAUGGCUGGAUAUUGGUGAAAAUUUAAUUUUUAGGAAACAACGAGGGUAAUCCUGAGCGGGGACAAAAGACCCAUUUUACGCGUUCGGGAAGACAGUCAUACACCUUAUUGGAGCAAAACAGAGCACAUAUUCAAACCUUAGGUCAUCCUUGAGACCCAGGGGCAGUCAGUUGGGAAGGGACUCCGAAGGUGAACGUUGGUCUACUUUCGAGUACCUAGAGGGGAGGUUUCACCAGUAAGGUCUCCGUCAUUCAUUGCGUUUGACCGGAGAAAAGUCUUGAGUAGAGCUCUGAUGUAGGGAAGUUAAACUCAGCAAGGGUUAAGUAAAAAUCCGAAACUGAAGAAAAUUGGGAGUAGCCAGGCUGUUGUUAUAAAUAACUGAUGAAUGAAGGGUUAAGUUUCAAAUGAAACUGUGGUGUCGCGUCAGUGGGGGACUGAAAUACAAAGAUUUGGUUUUAUGGACGAGUUGACGAAGCUUUAGCCCUCGAAACACGUGAGCUUUUCAAUCCCCCAAAGGUGGCCAAUCUGCAUUAUUAACUUAGUCAUAAAACCCAAAUCUUUAUGAUAAUUGAGCUUCCAUUUUGUGGAAAUUGCCAUAUGUGUCAAAGCAUUUCAGUGUAAUCUUAUUUCGUUAUUACUGUAUGAAACUACUUGUUAUUCCUUUUCUUCUUGACACAAGAAGAAUCCUUUCUAAUUUAAGUUUUACACACCUAAAAAAAUGUGCUGUUUGUUAUAGACAUUAUUUUUUUAUUAGACAUAUGAUCAAUUUCUUUUUUCUACAGAACCUGCAAGAAAAGAUCAUGUCACUAGAGGAUGCCUUUGUAAUGAAGCAAGACAAAUUGCACGGGCCAGAAUUGAAAGAUAAUCUGUGGACAUUGUACAAUGAACUUCGGAAGAUCGUCUUUUUAAUAUAGGGGCUUUGGUUGUAGUGUAAUUUACAAUGCAGCCAAGUAUUGUAG